CAAAGUUGGCUGUAGGAGGACUUUACAUUUUAAAAGAUACGUAAAAUCAUGUUAAGGUUAAUCAGAGACAAAUGAUGAACUAUGUUCUGAAAGAUCUUUUAUGAACCUGUAAGAUAUCUUAUUUGUUCAUUCAUUUGUUCUGUUUGAUUCAUUUACACAAUUCUUCAGCGUUCAGUGUCUCUGAUUUUAUCCAGAGGUUGUGGUAAUCACGUGUUAUCCUAACCCUUGUGUUUUUCACAAAAACAUUAUGACAGGGGGGGAAAAAAAACUGUUAAAGUGAACUCGACCAUUAAAGAUCUCAAACGAUUAAGCAAUUACAGAAUAUUAAACCAGUAGCUAGAUUGAAUCAUCGGAUUGGGAAGAAACACCCGGAUUAAAAACUGGAAAGUUGAGUUGAGCGCGUAACAACAUGUGCACGACUGCGCAAUGGAGAGCUGCCUUUUCCAACAGGUGUCUGUAAGCAAUUUCUUCUCUCAGAGCAUUUUCACGCAAUUUCAACUCGAGCGUCCGAAGAAUAAUGGAAAUACUUCGGCUUUUCUCAACAUGUCGUAGAUCUUAAAAUAAAACGAAAACACCAUAAACUGGAGUAAAACUUUUGUGCGCUCCCGUUUGGAUUUACGCAUGGAGAAACGUUCACUUUUUAUGGAUAUUAUCCAUAAACAUUCGGUUUCAUUUUUUGUGCUUCAAAUGAAUUAAUCGAUAGCUACAUUAAUUCUGAACGAAGAGUGAUUUCGUUUUUAUGCGCUGGGUCUCCACCACCUGCUGUUCAUGUUUGGGAGUCUCCUGUUCUCCAACAUCUCCCCACUGACAUCUGUGAUCGACUGGAUUGAUUGGGAACGCAACUAGCUUUUGAGAUGGACACUGUUUUCGUAUAUUAAUAAUGACCAUCGCAUUGAGAUCGCCAAACUGAUAACCUGGACUCAGCUGAAAGUCUGAACUGGUGGACGAUGAAGACAGUUUCAUAUAUUCUUGCUGCGUUGAUCAUCUGGAACUCAGCAGCCUGUGUAAGUGGAAAAAAAGAACAUUUUCUGGAGCCCUCUGAGUCCCCCUGGGCUCUGAAGUCUUUGGCAGAGGAGGAAACGCGUUUACCCUGUCGAUUCAAUGUAUCGAACAGUGAGAUUAAGGUGGUGCAGGUGAUGUGGAUUCGAGAAAACUCAAAUGGAGUUGAAGAACAGAUUAUCACUGCUCAUUUCAGUGAAGGCCAGACAGAAAGCCCUGCAUACACAGGGCGUGUUCGAUUCGCUACCAGCGACCCAAUAGCAGACUCUGCUCUGAUUCUCAUGGCCACACGCUCUGCAGAUGAGGGCAAAUACAUCUGCAAAAUCGCCACCUUCCCCGCUGGAAACUUUGAGACCGAGAUUUUGGUCACAGUGUGGACUAAACCCAUUACGUCCCUGCAACCGUUCGUCCUGGUUGAGGGCCAGUCAUUCCGUCCGGCCGCUAUAUGCCGUUCGGUGGCUAAGCCGAUGGCAGGCCUCUCCUGGGACACCGAUCUCGCGGGUCAGAGUCAGAACCGUAGCUCAGAUGGUGAGGUGGCCUCCAUCCAGUUUUCUCUCCACCCUCUCCGUAACAUGAACGGGCAGAAGCUGGACUGUCUGGUCUGGCAUCCAUCGCAAAAAGGCCCAGUGAGGAUCUCCAAUAACCUUGUAGUACACUACCCUCCGAAUGCAUUGAUAUCUGGCUAUGAGGACAACUGGUAUGCUGAAAUGCAAGGAGCCGCGCUGCAGUGCAGCGGUCAAGGAAAUCCAGAACCUCAGAGUCUCAACUGGACAAGGAAAGAUGAAGCUCUACCAGAGGGUGUGACUGUGGAAGGAGGCACGCUGCGCUUUUCCAGGCCCCUGAGCUUGACAGAUCAAGGACUUUAUAUCUGCACCACCACCAAUAAUGUGGGAUCUGGAAAAGCUGAGAUUCAAAUAAAAAUAUCAGAGUUGCCUCCGACUAACGCAUCUGUGAACUACUUGAUGAUGAUUAUUAUCGCUGGCGUUGCUGCAGUGAUUGUUCUCACUCUUGUCAUAGUGAUAAUUUCAGUAAACCGCUACUAUAAGCGCAAAAAUCAACAACUGGCUAUAGAGCUGGUUGCAAAAAAGGAGGAAAUCAGCACUCUGUCGAGACAAGCCUCAUUUAGGAGAGUCAACUCAGGAAGCACAGACAACAGAUACUUGGACGACAAUAAUCCUUUAAGAGUUGAAGGGACGAUACGCACAAGUCUCUCUUCACUGGAUCGUCCUCGCUCCAGGGAUAGUCGGUCCACGCUGGGGGGGGUGGACUCACUCGGUCGCCCUGCAAUUUAUAACACAUCCAAAAGAGGUCGAGACAAACUGAUGGACAGAACUGAAAAAGAAGCUCGGUUGAUGAUGGAGUCUUAUGAGAUGGACAGUAACGUAUCACAGGAAACCCAACUUCUCCCUCCUCUCCACCCCUCUUCUUAUUCAAUGGAGCAGGCUGUUGAAAUUGUCCGGUCUCGGAACGGCAGCGCCAUUCUCCCAGCAGAGGGGAGGCCGCAGUCAGGAGGAAGUAACAGAGGGGGCAGCAGAGGGCAUAAUUCGCCCUUGGUGUCCAUGUACCCGACUCUUACGGAUGAGGAAGAGGAAGAUUCUGUCAGCCCUGCAGAUUCAGGAGUUCACAGAGGUUUAAUGGAGCCUGACGGUUUUGAGAAUGGCGGCAGCGAGACGGCCAGUUCUCAGAUAUCUGAGGCGCUAUCCAGUCAUUUCGAGCGCACUAACGGCACGCUACGGCCCAAGUCAAAACCCAAUAACAUCCUGCUCCCAGCAAACACAACACUUUUCCUCAUGCCGCAUAGCCCAACUAUCCACAAAGCUCAGAUCGUUUAGAGUGUUUAUAUGGAAACGUCCAUAUAAACACAGCCGAUAUUACAACAGAAGGAUGUGUUCCUCUGUAAUUCCACUCGACAAAAGGCUGUCUGGACAACUAACCCAAAAAUGGAUCUUUUGUAUGAACUUUUAUAUGACUACAUUCUCAAGAUGGCAAAAACAUGGACCGAAUGACCAUCAUCUAAACUCAAACCUGAAAAACAAUACCAGCAUUACUCAAACAGUCCCUCAAAUAAUUGUGAAAUCCACUGUGUAAUCUGGAAAUGGGACGCUUGAGUAUUAAGGGUCACAACAUGUGUUUCAGGUGCAGAUUAACUGGAAUCCGCCAAAGUUGAGCUCCUCUGUGUGACCAUGGAAUUAAGAUUGUUUUUUUAGUUUUUUUUUAUUAUUGCAACCUAAGGCUUCACUUGAAUUGCUGUUGAGGGAGAAAAUACUACAUGAACUGUUUUCUGGUCAGUUAAUCCUUCACUGUGACUUUUUGACCUUGAUGUCUAUAAUCCAGAAAUGUACAAAUGCUGUUCUGACUUUUUGUUUGUUUUUUUUUUUUUGUCGUUUUUUUUUUUAAUAUGUGUAUAUUAUAUAUUUUGACUGGAAACAACCAACUGCAUGAAUAGUAUUAUGAAGUACUGCAUUACCUUGUUUUGAUGGCUCCUGCGUGUUCACAGAAUGUCAUCGUCAGUGUAGGAGUUACACUGUCGUUGUUUACAACAUUUAUACUUCAUUAUAUGUACUAGUGCUUUAAAUGUAUUUAGUUUUAACCCUGGAGAACCCAAGAACCCUUUUCUUAUUUGGAAAAUUAUGAACUAUGCAUUAAAUUACUGCUAUAAGUUCACUGAACACAAAAAUAUCCACUUUUUCAAUUUUAACCCUUUAUUCCCUAUUUUAGGAUUAGGGCCAAAUUUGACCCAUUGGGCUUUAGGCGUAUCAUUUCAAAGAAUCACAAUAACAAACACUGUCAAUGCAAACUAUUUUAAAUUUAGGAAAAUAAUCAGUCAACCACACAGCUACAUUUAACAAUGGUUUUUUUUUGCUUUAUUUGUUGCAUGUUAGAACUGGAUUUCAAAUGUACAAACACUUUGGCCAAUGGAACACUGUGUUGAUUGGUAUUCUCAACAAUAUUUUCCAACAUAUCAAGGGAAACAAAGCGUCGAAAGUAAACCAGUGGCGUGUCUGUCGUGGCAUCCUGGUACGACUCAAACUGUUCACCUUGAAAGUUCACGUCAGGCAACUCAAAGCCUUUCUUUCGCCAACUGUAAGUUUUUUGCGGCACGAUUUGGCUCCAUCUGUGGGCUAGCAGUCUCGGCAGACGGCACAUCUUCAUCGCUGGACGAGUCAUUGGACGAGUCACUGUCUUGGGCAGAAGAUUCACCACCAUCACUUUCAUGCGGUUGAAACAAUUCAUCAGAAUCGCUAUCGCUGUCCAAUUCAGGGCCAAAGUCACUAUCAUCAGCUUCAAGUUGCUCCAAUACUUGUCUUACAGUGAUCUUUCUCUGUUACUUUCCCUGU